AUGCAAAGUUGGAUAAAGAUAACUCUCAUUUUGUGCCUGUUUGGGACUCUGAGGGAAAUACGACCUUCGGAGCCGUUUGUCACAGAAUUUUUACUUGGAGAAUGGAGAAACAUAACAGAAUCCCAAUUGAACAGGGAAGUUUAUCCAGUGGGAACUUAUUCGUAUUUGGGGUUGUUAGUUAUUGUCUUUCUAUUCACUGAUUUCUUAAGAUUCAAGCCAGUAAUUAUACUGUCAGGACUUAGUGGUAUUUCUGUGUAUGCAGUAUUACUAUGGACAACCAGCUUAGGAUGGCUUCAAGUAUCUCAAGUUUUAUAUGGGAUUUACAUGGCUACAGAAGUUGCUUAUCUCACCUACAUAUACGCAAAGGUGGACUCUUCAAAAUACCCCCGGGUGUCAUCAUACACACGAAUUGCUGCCCUUACAGGGAGGUUCUUAUCUGGAGUAAGCUCACAACUUCUGACCUACUUUGGCCUGAUGAACUACAGAGACUUAAACUAUAUAACACUUACUGCUCAAAUAUUUGCAACAUUUUGGGCAUUUUGGCUACCUCCUGUACCCUAUGGGAUAUACUUCCACCGCAGAUCCAUUGCCAGUACUAAUGCAAUACAGAACGAUGCGCAGGCGCCGAUAGAGAAACCAAUACCACAUAACAUAUAUGAUUCUCAAUCAUUCCGUUCUCAAGUAACAGAAGCGACUGUCCUGAUAUACCGUCACGCCCGCGCUGCCUACUCGCGGCCACGGGUCGUCGCCUGGUCAGCGCUGUACGCGGUUGCUCUCGCGCUGUUUGUGCAAGCGCAGACGUACAUGCAGCUGCUGUGGAGCAAGAUACAAGACGAAAGCAAUGCGCCGGUUGCAUAUAAUGGUGCAGUGGAAGCCGUACAAACACUGUUAGGAGCUGCAGGCGCUUUCAUUGCGUCUUUCUGCGCCCGCGCAUCAUUUCCCGGACCAGUUGCUGCUUUGCAGGGCAUUGCUAUGUUUCUUGCAACAUAUAUUAACAACAUCUUUGUAUCCUACGCUGGCUACAUCAUUAUGGGCAUGCUCUAUCAUUAUACCAUCACAUUAGCAAGUGCAAAAAUAGCUAGUCAACUUAGUGAUGAGAGUUGUUUCGGCCUUAUAUUUGGUAUCAAUACAUUGGUGGGUACUGGAUUACAAUCCCUGCUUACUCUUAUCCUUAUACAGACGUUAGAUCUGCCAAUACACGCUCAGUACUAUUACCUAAGUGGCUUCUUCUUAUUACUGGCGUCAGUCUGGUUGUUAGGUUGGAUGGUGCACGUAUGCAAACAAAAACAUAGUAUUAAUUUUAAUCAGUAUUAA